AUUAACAAGCAGAGCAGUGCCGAGCUCAAUGAGGCUAUAAAUUCGAUGUACAACUGAUAUCAAGGUGCGAAGCUUUGCUACGUUUAUCUUAGCGACGUGGAAAACCCAAACUGAAAGAAAUCCAUCGCCAAAAGCAGAUGGUUAAAGUGUGGAUGGGCUCUGCAGGAGCUGCUUGCCCCACCGAGGGCUAUUUUCUACGAAUCGAAAAUGGCGAAGCUAGGGAGCAAAAUAGCUCUAGCUGGACGGAUUUCUGCUAUCACCCGUAUUCCUAUGACAGUACUUACAUCAAGGAAUCUAGCAGAGAGUUCCGUUGCUCAGAGAAUGUCUUGGGCUGCUAGUCGAGUCACAACCCGUGCCGAAGACGGUGCAUACUGCUUGCUGGGUUUGUUUGGUGCCAAUAUGUCACUUCUUUAUGGCGAGGGACAGCGAGCGUUCUUUCGACUUCAGGAAGAAAUCAUCAAGUAUAACGACGACCAUUCCAUCUUUUGCUUGGUCAAUGAAGGAAAUGAAAAUUUCCGGCCUACUUGCUCCCAGUCCGGCCUACUUUUCCGAAUGUCAUUUUUUUAUCGUCGGGAGAGUCUCUAAAUGGGCGUGAACCAUUUGCCAUGACUAAUCGUGACCUCUCGAUUUACUUGAAAAUCACACCGUGGGCAGCCGAUACGUAUCUAGCAUACAUUGACUGUACAGAUCGAAGGACGGCCCAGGAGCCAGCUGCUCUAGAUAUUUUUCUUAGGUGCCUUUCCCAAAACGAUCAAUAUACACGAAUCAAU